AUGAGAAAAUCCACUCCUUACCAACUGGCCUUUUUGAUGGCCUCUGUGGCCACCGCUGCAGAAACCUCCACGUGUGCUAUUGAUUGUUUUCAGGGCUUUAUCGCCAACACUCCACCGGCCCAGUGUAAGGAGGCAACUAACUACCUCUGCUUCUGCACGAUGCCUACGCUCCAGGAUGAGUUUAUGCAAUGUGUCGACAAGACAUGUGCCAGCGAGAAAGGUGCAGCAACGAGCUGGGCUGGUGAACUUUGUUCGAAACUUGGAAAGCCAAUCGACCUGGGUACUCCUGAAGCACCUCCCAAGACUGAUGCGACCACUGCGGUGAGCGCUCCGGUCACCAGCACAAGCGACGAGGUCAAGCCAACCACCGAAGCUGGGACUGUGUCUGAGCCUAAGAAAACUACCGAAGACGCUGCUCAAAAUACCACUGCGGCGACCGAGAAGACAGAGCCUAAGGCCGAUAAGACCCCAACUGAUCAGACACCUGCAUUACCAUCUGAGACUACAGCUAUCGAGACCAGCUCAAACUCCACCAUGACAUCGAUUAGCAAGCCUAGGGAAACCACUAAGUCUGACGCGUCCGAAAAGUCCGAUGCUUCUAGAGAUGCAGCUAAGGCAACGGCUGACGAGACCACUGGUGACUCUGUUGUCACACUUACUGGAACCGCCGACACCGCGACAGCUUCUGCAUCCGAGACCGCAGCUGCAGAUGACUCCAACGCUGCCGACUUUAUUGCCGCUCCUGGUACUUUGGUGGCUGUUGGUUUCGCAGUUGCCCUCUGGCAGUUGCUGUAA